CCCAGCAUUUGUCACAAUAUGCUAAUCGUUCGCUAUCUAAUCGCCUUGGUCUUCUCCAUUUUCAUGGUGGCCACAUCGCUGAAGAUCGAGGAACGCCAUCGAAGGUGCAAUGGCUACAAGAUAUCCACUCCGGAUCGGUUGGUCAUCAAGAUGGAGCGACCCGGCGGAAAGUGCCAAUCCAAGAACCUGGAGAGGAGGCGUCUGAAAAUCUAAGGGUCCGACCUGGAAAAUGUGAUAGGAAUGCAAAGCACUGAAGACCUCAAAUCAGUGAUCCGAAAUUCGGAACUCAAUAUCGAAUCAGCUUAAAAGAAUAUAAAAUGAUACUGCCUCAGAGGCAAAUACAAUUUAAGCUAAGCAUAAAAAUACACAAAACAAUUAUUUUAUAAAACACUCAUAAAUAUGAUAAACAUUUACUGCGAUUCAUUUUCUAAUUAGUAAUUACCAAUUAAUGCUAAGCAAAAAACUAAAAAAAAAUCUGUACAAUUUAUAUUAUGACUUGACUAACUUUCUUAAAUAAAGCAAACAAAAAACUUCA